CGGGCCAGUCCUCUCGCCCCGCGCGCCCGCCCCCCGCCGGCCGCGCAAUCGCGUAACAGUUUUAUUUUCCCGAAUGAACUUUAUCAAACAAAGCGUGCAUACCCCGCGCCCUGCAUCUGCUCGCCCAGCUGUUUCUCUUGCAGCUGGCUGCGUCGUCUCGCUCUACCGCAUUCGAGCGCAACUCGCCAGACAGAGAUAAACGCUACUCGCAGCGAUCGCAUCGAGACCCUUCAAUUCCCUGUGCACGGCCCAUUCGCAGUUCGUAUCCCGACGCCAGCGGGCUGUUAGCGAUUAUGACUAGUAAACGAAAGCGCGAUUGCGACAAUGAGACCGAGCGGCAGGCGAAAAGGCAGCGGCGCCGCAAACGUUCCCGCAGCGAGCCGCUGAUAAAUGACCCGCAAAGUUCGGAGAAGCGUCAGGCUCUUAAGCGCCUGUUUGGAAGAAUUUGCUCGGUGGAGAUAGAGAACGAGCACAUAUCUGAUGAUUCUGCUGACGACAACUUUGACGACCGUGAAGUAUUUGGUGAUGAAAACGAGGACCCUCUUCUGGAUUCGGUGCCGGUGAACAUGGACCCUGAACAACUCGGAUUUCUGGUGUGCGCUCAAGAGACUCUUCGCUUCCUGCACGGCCGCGGCAUCCCGACGGAGCACCCGGUGUUUGCACGUCUGCGCUCGCGCCUCUUGCGUGGCAUAGGCGAAAUGGCGGUCGCCUGAGUAUUACUUGGCCCAGAGCCCUCCCGAAACUAAACCCAGGAACAGAUCUUUUCAGUGUUUAUUCAAGUGUCGAUGUGUGGUGUAUCCUUCCUGAACAACAAACUCUGUCUACAUUCUGUCUUUCGGGCUCUGGUUAGUUCUUAAGGUUUUCAAUGUAAGGUUGAUAAUUGUAUAACGAAGCAACAGGUGGCCUGAAAAGGCGUCUAGUCACUAUCUAGUCAAUGUUUACGAAUUAUAUUUGUUAAAAAAAGAACUUUAUUAUCAUUCGAAUAAAUUCGUCCACUGUGAA